CCGUCUUUAAAAAAUCUCGGAAAGUAUCUCAGGCGCCAUCAGAACCUUCCCAAUCGUCGCGCCAUGGCGGCGUCUUCGGUGGAACGAUCCGGGAUCGCCACAACCCCUUUCCCACGACACGUCGUAUCGAAGCGCUUCCCUUCCGAUCACUUCCCCAAACCAACUUUGAACUUCGAAAUCCGCUCCAGACGCUGUCGUAUAGGCCUGGCCCUGGCUUCUCUUCGCUCAUCAGACGAAAGCACCAGUAACAGAAAUUACGGCGGUGGUCACAGAAACCUGGUUGGAGGCGCUAUGGAAUUGGAGAGCGCCUUGGAGGACUUCCCUUACGACGUCGAAUCAAAAGACAUGCACACUCUCCCGAGACCUUUGUCUUCGAACCAUCUCUCCAAUUCGGUCUCUGAUGGCUCCCGCCUUCGCGUUGCAUAUCAGGGGGUUCGUGGAGCAUACAGUGAAUUAGCUGCGGAGAAAGCGUAUCCAAAUUGCGAAGCAGUGCCUUGUGAACAAUUCGAUACCGCUUUUGAGGCUGCUGAACGUUGGCUUGUGGACAGAGCAGUCUUACCAAUUGAGAAUUCAUUAGGUGGAAGCAUCCAUAGAAACUAUGACCUUUUACUCAGGCACAGGUUGCAUAUAGUAGGGGAAGUGAAACUUGCAGUUCGCCAUUGCUUACUGGCUAACCAUGGUGUUGAAAUUGAAGACCUGGAAAGGGUUCUUAGUCAUCCACAGGCUCUUGAUCAGUGUGAGAACACGUUAAUGAAGCUGGGAUUGGUCAGAGAAGCUGUGGAUGAUACUGCUGGUGCAGCAAAGCAUGUUGCUCUCCACAAACUGAAAGAUACAGGAGCUGUUGCCAGCUCAGCUGCUGCAGGCAUAUAUGGUCUGCAAAUACUUGCGCAUGAUAUUCAGGAUGAUUCUGACAAUGUUACUCGGUUUCUCAUGCUUGCUAGAGAACCAAUUAUUCCUGGCACAGAUAGGCCAUUCAAGACAAGUAUAGUCUUCUCACUAGAGGAAGGCCCUGGGGUCCUUUUCAAAGCUCUGGCUGUUUUCGCUUUGCGUCAAAUCAAUCUUACAAAGAUUGAAAGCCGUCCUUUGCGGAUGCAGCCCCUGCGAGCGUCUGAUGAUAGUAACGGUGGAUCUCCAAAGUACUUUGACUAUCUUUUUUAUGUGGAUUUUGAAGCAUCAAUGGCUGAUCAGAAUGCACAAAAUGCCCUUCGGCAUCUCAAGGAGUUUGCAACAUUCUUGCGGGUGCUAGGGAGUUACCCGAUGGAUACAAGCAUGACAUGACCGACUGACCUACAAAUGUGUAAGAAACUAGUGAAUCUAUCAUACAUAUUAUACACAAGUUUGAAUUCCAUCAAGCUUUAGUAGCACCACAAAGUCACAAUAAAAACAAAACCGGAACUGCCUACAUACCUCUAAUCAUUGGCUUUACCCCAUGAAACUUGUUCACGAGCUCAAGCUGAGGGAAACUUCGCAGGGAACUGGCUACUAGAUGGUUUGAUCUUCACUAUUCUUUUUCAUACCGAUCAUUUGAAGGCGGCACCUACUAUUAUAAGAAACAUCCAUUUCAUUGUUUUCGUCAGUGCAGUAGUACAAUACUAUUAAGUUGAAAACUUGUCAUGUUCAAUAUAAUUGAUCAUAUGCAUCAAUGUUUUGAAAAUGUUAUUGUAACUGCUAAAAUAUACGUUGUCGUAAAAGGUUCGUGUAGUUUUUGGAAACGGUAAGAAGUUCCAUAUAAUUUUCUUAAAACCUCAACGCAGUUUGAUGUAAUUUCCCUACAAAUAUUUAUGUCAUUCGUGUGGAACGCACCUCAA